GGCCUCCGCCGGGACACCUCAGACUCGGACAUCGCCCCGGGCAGGGACACCCCGAGGCUGCCCAGCGCUGACCGGUGCUGCCCGAGGCUGCCCAGGGCUGAUCAGCACUGCCCAGCGCUUGCCCAGGACUGCCCAGUGCUGCCCGGGGCUGCCCAGUGCUCGCCAGGGCUGCCCAGCACUGACCAGGGCUGACGAUCGGGGCUGACCAGGGCCUCUCAGCAUUCCAAGGCUGCCCGGUGCUUGCCCAGCGCUGCCCAGUGCUGACCAGGGCCUCUCAGCAUUCCCAGGGCUGCCCAGUGCUUGCCCAGGGCUUCUCAGCACUCCCCCGUGCUUGCCCAGUGCUGCCCAGUGCCCCCAUCCCCUCCCGGGCACGUCGAGGGGCUCCCAGGCUGGGGACAGACCCCAAUGCCCCAUCGGUCCGCAGCUGCGCUUGUGGCACCCAGGGGAGACCCCGAGGGCUCAGCUACCCCGGCACCCCUCACCCACCACAGGGCCCUGGGGACAGACCCCCCCCCCGGGACGGAUCCGGCCCUGGGCGUCCCCUGGCCCGCAGCCCACCGGACACGGCUCCCCCACGGCCACCCGGUGCGGCCAUGGCCCCGCUGCCCUUGCUCCCCGCCGGGUGACCAGCUGCAGAGCUGGCCGUGGGCCCAGCGCCCGGUUCCCCCUCUCCCCGUCCCCCCGAUAAGGAGGCGAGCCCGCCUCAGGGUCAAGGCGACGACUCCGCAGCCGGUAUAAAGGCUCCCCGCGCUGCCGCAGCCCCGCAGCCGGCCCCACCAUGCCGCUGCUGGGCACCCUGCUCCUGGUCCUGGCCCUGCUCUGCGCCUGGGGGCUGGCACGCCGGCGAGCCACCUUGGGGAUGGGGACAGGUUUGGGGCGACCGCGAAGCCUGCCGUCCCUGCCGCUGGUGGGGAGCCUGCUGCAGCUGGCCGGGCACCCCCAGCUCCACCUGCGGCUCUGGCGCCUGCAGGGCCGCUAUGGCAGCCUCUACGCCCUCUGGAUGGGCUCCCACUACGUGGUGGUGGUCAACAGCUACCAGCACGCCAGGGAGGUACUGCUGAAGAAGGGGAAGGCUUUCGCCGGACGGCCCCGCACCGUGACUACGGAUCUCCUGUCCCGGGGGGGCAAGGACAUCGCCUUUGCCAGCUACGGACCCCUCUGGAAGUUCCAGCGCAAGCUGGUGCAUGCUGCCCUCUCCAUGUUCGGGGAGGGCUCACUCGCCCUGGAGAGGAUCAUCUGCCGGGAGGCUGCGUCCCUGUGCGAGACACUCAGCGCUGCGCAGGAUACAGCCCUGGACGUGGCUCCCGAGCUCACACGGGCUGUCACCAAUGUAGUUUGCUCCCUCUGCUUCAACUCCUCAUACCGGCGCGGGGACCCCGAGUUCGAGGCCAUGCUGGAGUACAGCCAGGGUAUCGUGGAUACUGUGGCCAAGGAGAGCUUGGUGGACAUCUUCCCCUGGCUCCAGAUCUUCCCCAACAAGGACCUGGCCCUGCUGAAGAGAUGCCUCAAGGUCCGGGACCAGCUGCUCCAGCAGAAGUUCACCGAACACAAGGAAGCCUUCUGCAGGGACGCCGUGAGGGACCUCAUGGACGCCCUCCUGCAAGUAAGGUUCAGUGCUGAGAACAGCAGCCCCUCAGUGCCAGGGCUGGAGCUGACUGAUGACCACCUCCUCAUGACGGUAGGGGACAUCUUUGGGGCCGGCGUGGAGACUACCACAACUGUGCUCAAAUGGGCCGUGAUCUACCUUCUCCACUACCCCGAGGUAGGGUCUGUGCCCUGCAGUGGGGGGCCUGGGCUCCCUCCGGCACCAGGGACAUCGUGGGGGCUUUGGGGAAGGCAGGUGCCAAGAGAAAUGUCAGGCUUUGCAAAUAAGCAGGAUCAGGUUGUGGGCAUUUUGCUUCUGUCCUGCACAACCUGCCAGGACAUGCCGGUGAUGCUGGGUGUACCCCACCGCUACGGGGAGCCCCCACACACAGGGUAUGCCCUACUCUCACCCCAGCCCUUGCUCCCCUCCCAGGUCCAGAGGAAGAUCCAGGAGGAGAUAGACCAGAAGAUCGGCCUGGCGCGUCACCCCCACCUCAGCGACCGCCCGCUGCUGCCCUACCUGGAGGCCACCAUCAGCGAAGUGCUGCGCAUCCGGCCCGUGUCCCCUCUGCUCAUCCCGCACGUGUCCCUUGCUGACACCAGCAUCGGGGAAUACUCCAUCCCCAAGGGCGCCAGGGUCGUCAUCAACCUCUGGUCCGUGCACCACGAUGAGAAGGAGUGGGACAAGCCUGAGGAGUUCAACCCUGGGCGCUUCCUGGAUGAGCAUGGCCAGCACAUCCACUCGCCCUCACCCAGCUACCUGCCUUUCGGGGCGGGGAUCCGUGUCUGCCUGGGCGAAGUCCUGGCCAAGAUGGAGCUCUUCCUCUUCCUGGCCUGGGUACUGCAGAGGUUCACGCUUGAGUGCCCCCAAGACCAGCCCCUGCCCUCGCUGGAGGGCAAGUUUGGUGUCGUGCUGCAGGUGCAGAAGUUUCAGGUGAAGGCCAGGCUGAGGGACGCCUGGCGAGCGGCCUCGUGAUGGGGAUGAGCCCUAGAUCCCGGGCAGCGGUAGGAUGGGGUGGGACGGGACCAUCGAGGCUAUGCCCGUCUGCUGCAUGGAUGCGGGAUUGUCUGGAUAAAAUUGUUCCCAAUGCA